GAAAAUGACUGUAGGACGAUGAUCUUGGUCUCCCACAAAACCGUAAGGUGAUUUUAUAUUUGAAGAGCCAAGAGUUGGGCAUACGUGCUACGCGUCAUCAACAACACGCACUGUCGCUAUGAUAUUUCAAAUACCCGUUUCUCACCCCAAGCAGCUAUUUUGUUCAGAGCCCCCUGGAUCUGCCGAGUUAUUAUUUUUACAUUCCUUCCCCUUUUCCAGACAGCGCUGUCAUCCGCAAACAAAGAAAACUCAAGGCCAGCCUCAGUAUCUUGAAAUAUAUAAUUUAUCAUAAUAUUAAAUAAGAGAGGACUUUCUUCGGGGGGGAUAAGCAUAUGCUGAGUUUGCAGAUCUCCAAAGCAGUGGAACCUUUUAAAUGAGACGGACCACAACUCGUUUCACUCCGGAAUAUUUUUGUAGAGGUACGUGCGACUGCUGUAUCACUUGGAGGACUAAGCGUAUUUCAAAGUAGCUGAUUUUUUAUAGCCAGUUAUUUAUUAAUGCAGAGAAACUGCAGCAUUGAAAAAUACUACCAAUAACCCAUUCGACUCUUGGGACUUGGGACUCCUGGAACUAAAAUGGUUGACUGGAGUCCGAUAGCGAAGGUAUAUGACCCGCUUAAAGCAGGCAGCAUCGAUGGCACGGACGUGGAGCCCCAUGACCGGGCAGUAUGGAGAGCUAUGUGUGUCCGCUACAAACCCAACAAAGGCGUUGUUGGAGACCCAUUGCUAACACUGUUCGUGGCCCGUUUGAACCCCCAGACAACUGAAAAUAAACUCUGCCAGAUAUUCUCUCAGUAUGGAGACAUCCAGCGGCUCCGGCUAGUCCGGGACAUCAUCACGGGGUUCUCCAAAGGAUACGCCUUCAUUGAAUACAAAGAGGAGCGGUCCAUUGUUCGUGCUCGUCAGGACGCCAACAAGCUGGUGGUGGACCAACACGAAGUGUUUGUGGACUUUGAACAAGAGAGAACUCUUAUUGGAUGGGUUCCACGGCGGCUCGGUGGUGGGCAGGGAGGGAAAAAGGAGUCCGGACAGCUGAGGUUCGGAGGCAGGGACCGGCCUUUCCGUAAACCCAUUAACAUCGGAAUCGGCCCGGUGAAGGAACGUGGAGGGAGGGAGUGGGACUUCGACAAGUCAGGGCUGAGAAACAGGAAGGAUCGUGACCGACACAGAGAGACCGAGUGGGGCAGCAGAGAGAGGAGGAAUUAUCGAGGAAGAGACAUGGAUGACCACAGACAGGGAAACAAGAGCAGGCAUCGGGACAGGAGAUGAGACGCCGAACGAGUCAAUGUUUGUGACAAAUGUUUGAAUGAAAGUUCAGAUACGUUCAUAAAAUGGAAUCCUUUAAGCAAAGUGGACAAACAAUGGAACUGUCAAGGUUCCUGGUGUGUACGGAAGAGUGUGGACUGUGGACAUAACGACCAUUUAAUUCACUGAACAUUUUAAUAAUGUUCGAUUUUGGAUUAUUGGUUUAUGUAUUUGAGAUUGUGGUAAUUGACGCCAGCCUUCAUCUGUCUUUUCCGUUCAUACUAAGCAUCUCAUUUUCUCUCAGGGAAAUGUCACGUAGUAACCGAGCAGUUAGUAUUGUGACUAUUGUAAUUUACCACAUAAAAAUUCUGCUUUACA